UAUGAAGAAGGGAGAGAAAGUAUCCCUGAACAUCCGUAUCUCUUUGAGACUGAUGUAGAGAUUUGUUUGAUUGGUGGUAGUUGCAAAAGUCCCAUUGAAAGAUUUUGGAAUGGAAGCGAUAUGAUAUAUAUUUUGCAGAAAGCACGACACAAUGAAGAAAGUGACCCAAUGGAAGAAUCAAAAACAGAUGAUGCUUUUUAUGCCUCUGAGCUUUUACCACAGGAGAGUUCUGGACCAGUGGCACUUUCUGUCCGAAGAGCAAAGCAGUUGAUUUCCUUAUAUGCAAUGGUACAAAAUCCAAACAUGACCCACUUGAAGAUAAAUGAACUGGUUGCGCUUCCUCCCCUCUGGAUAAGGUGUGAUGGCUCCGAUCCUGAACAUACUUGUUGGCUUGGAGCUGAGCCUCUCAAAGCUGGAAACAAAAUCACAGGCAUCAAUUUUUAUAUGGUUACACGUGAUGGUCCUACAGCUGACAAAACCUAUUUUGCAAACCUGGAAGAGCUCAAAAUGGCACAUAAAAUGAAACAUCAUUCAUCUAUUGUGAUGACAAAAGGAUUUGCUCAGUAUGAACUUAUUAGAGCUGCUGCAAUAGAGGACACAAUUGUGGAAUCUGAAAGCAAUAUAUAUGUUGAUAUUACAUGGAAUACUGUAGAUAAGAUUCUGGAAACACCUCCACUAAUUUCAGCUGCCACACUGAAUAUUACACUGGAGUCUGGGGAUCCCAGAAGUCCUGUAUAUCAGCUGUAUAGAGAACUGCAGUUUCUCCUUGCUUUGGCCGAAGGUUUGAAGACAGGCGUGACUGAGUGGCCUGAGCCAUUAGAGUCUGAAUCGGCUGUUGAACUGGUCCAGGAAUUUCUGACUGAUUUAAAGAAGAAGCUGGAUGGAUAUUGUAUAUCUGGAAACAAGAAUGAAACAGAGAAAAUCAAAUGUGACACUGCUGCAGUGGACAGUUCAAUAAAAUCAAUCUUCAGUGAGCGAGGAGACCUGGAUUUUGCUGAGCAAUUAUGGUGCAAAAUGAGAAGUGUCAGUUCCUAUCAGGAGUUGAUAAAGUGUUUCACUCUGAUCCUAAAAUCCUUGGAACACGGUGAGAUACAGCCAUGGAUUCAUCAAGGGAGUAGCAGUUUGCUAAGUAGAUUGAUUCAACAGUCUUAUCAUGGAAAGAUAGAGGUUGUUUCCCUCAGUGGCAUCACUCCAAUUCAAAUGCUCUUGGAGAUUGGUUUGGAUAAGAUGAAGAAGGAUUAUGUCAGUUUUUUCAUAGGCCAGGAACUUGCAACAUUAACCUACUUGGAUUACUUCAUUUCCACAUCCGUAGAUCUACAAGAACAAGUUCAUCGUGUUCAAAAGCUUCACCAUAUGCUGGAAAUAAUGGUCAGCUGUACAGUCUUACUUCAGUUUAAACAUGAGAACCUCUUCCCUUUGACACAAAUUUGCAUGAAGUAUUAUAAGGAAAACCCUCUAAAUGAGAAGCAUGUGUUUCAACUGCCAAUCAGACCAGUGCUUGUCAAGAAGUUCUAUCAAAACGAUCACCCAGAAAUAUGGAAGGUGGAAAUAAGUAGUGGGCAUGGACAGAAGGAGGUUAAAACAACAUGGCAAGUUAGUACUAAUUCUCCAGUUGAACACAUGACAUCAAACAGCACAGGUCUCUUUUCCGAUUCCACAGUUAAUGGAAGCAGUGAAGAAAGAAUGUAUUUUAUUACAAUGGCUAAGUGCAGUCAGGUGCAUUUUGCAUAAGUGCAUGUUACUCUACAGGCAGGCACUUGAAAGGUACAGUAACGGGGAAAGUUCAGUGCUAUCUGUGUCCCAACAGUAUAUUUAGAAACACUCUGUGAUUUGAAGAACAGUGCGUCUUACUGAGUUACUUGCUUUGGUAUGCCUGAAGUGUGACAUACACAGCCACAAUUCAUCUGUACGCAUCUACUUUGUUUACAAAGGUUGUGCAAUUACAAAUGGACAGUAUAAUUAUUUUGAAAAAAGUAGUAGGUAUUUUUGUCCGUAUAUUUACAAACAUUCAAUAAAGUUCUGCACUUUGGGG